AUGGCCGUUCAACUAGCUUUCCCCCCCCAGUCUUAUGAUCAAGAUCAACUCAGGACGUUAACGAUGCUUGCAGUUCUCCAGGCUGAAUCUCGAUUAUGGAAGUCCGUUUUUGGCGCCUACGUUUGUGAUGCCAUGACCGAACGGCAAACACCCGAUGAUAUUUAUGAUUCCAUUUUGGAAUGGGCUUACAAUAAACUGCUCGGGCCGACCGGCAACACUGAACCAGGCAUCCUAACAAAAGCUCGAGCGCUUGCAGCCUUGCAUUGCUCGGUCCCACCAUCCAGCCACGGAUCAAUCAAUGGCGCCUUGCACCUCAACACAGAGCAAAUCGCGUCCCAUGCUGCUAAUUGUGAUUACAUCAGCCCAGGCUGUGUGUGA